GGCAAGUUGUUGUCAAGGACUGCAGACUGAGUAUGCGGGAGGCGCUGUGCUCUGAAUGAGAGGCAGUGGUGCGGAGAAGAGAGAAAAGAUCUUCAGACAGACACUGAGAGAGUUCAAAUAUAACACAGCACAAUGGCAGAGGGAGAAUUCAAAACAGAGAAACAUUUACCUAACAAAACAGCUAGCUCCACACAGGACUCUCUACAGGACUCCUCAAAAGUCUUUAAGGCUGCAAGCUUUACAGAAGAAUACAAACCACUUCCCAGAGCCCCACACUUGUCGUCACUGCUCACGACUCUUUCUCCCAAGUGCCCGAAAGAAAAACGGAGGGUGACUUUUCUCGAGGACUACAAAAACAUCAAGACUUCACACAAAGAUUUGUGUAUAGAUAGCACCAGUCAAGUGGAGGAGGAUACAUGCUCAAAGAAACAGGCCAUUUUGACAAGACCCUCUCCAGAAAGAUCAGACAAGAUACUUCAGGGUCAUGAUCUUAGUGAGCAAACACAGACUAAAUGCCAGAGCCCUAACAAGUGGUCAUUCACGUUAGACGCUGCUCCGCACACACUCAAUAGCAUAGCACACUUCCAGACAGAGAUGGAGGCCAGCAUCAAUAGACUACUUCAACUCACUACCGAUCUGGAAAUAGCAACUAUUGUUCCAGAUAGAUCUGCAAUUGCCUAUCAUGCCAGUGGCCUGAAGAAAACACAGCAGCCCACUUCUCCCUUAGACCACAACAGACAGAUCGUUACAUCACAACCAAUGACUCACAGUCAAGAGGAAACCACUGAAACCAGCAAGGUGUCUGGAUUGUCGGGGGUUGGCAGCAGCUCUCUGUGUGGUAGUCCUCUACUCCCUCCCCACAUCUCUGAGCUGUCUGCCGUACUGAGAGGCCUACUGGAUCUCGUCGACAGGCACUGGAGUGGCAACUUCUCCCUUCAUCUCAACCCCAACUUUCUAGAACAAGCCUACAGUAUCCUCUCCAAACUGAAGUCAUCCUCCCAUAAAGAGACAGAGGAGAAAAGAGACGUAGGUGGUAAUGAAAGUGUAACAAUACAUGAGAAAAGAGAAAAGAGUCACGAUUGCACUGAAGUUGGUCAUCUGCAGGGGACAUUGACCCAGAAAUCACAACUGACAUGUCUUCAGAAACAGCUUGUCACAGCCCUGAUGGACAACAUCAAGUUAAAGCAUGAGAUACAUAAGUUGAGAGAAGACAACUCCUCCUGGAAUAACAUUGACAGACAAUGGCAGAGUUGUUUGCAACUGCAAGGGAAAGUGCUGGAGGCUGAAGAGAAACAUUUGAAGGAGUUAAAAGACUCAAUGGACAUCCUACAAGCAACUCACAGGUCUCUACAGCGCCUAUCUCUGACAAGAACUGGAAGACAAGCCAUGAAGCCACCUCCUGAUGAUGGGGACGGCCUGCCUACAGACGCUUAUGAUGAGACUAUAUAAAAUAAAGUGAAUAGGCAUUGCUAGUGUUUUGUGGUUAUUGAGAAUCACAACAAACUAUUUGCUUACCUUGAUUGCGAAGGAAUAUUAGCACUACAUCUCACAGCUUUCUCGGUAUAGAAAUGCUCAGAAAUCGGAUGACACUGUUAAACGGGCGGCACGCGACACCAGUUCGAUCUAUGGCACGUUCCAUACUGAAACGGCUUUUUAUAAUGAUGAAAGAGAAAAGUGGCAUCUUAUAUUUUUAAUGUUAUAUAUAUGAUUAGAAUAACUAAACAACAUAUAUUACCAUUACUAAGUCUUAAAUAGGUUGUGCAUUUAUACGUCUAUUUUGAUGUGCGAUCAAGUGAUUUUUCCUUUUCUGCGUCGGCAAGCAUGACUAGCUAACAGCUAGUUUAGCUGCUAGGGAACUUGGCUUGAAUAGCUAACAUGGCUAAUGUUAACGUAACUGUUACAUUAGCUAAAUAUUUUCAAUGAAAUAAUUUAUCUUUCAUCGCUCAACUUACUCCGAUUAACAUUACUCUUUCAGUGGGUUGAGAUUGAAUUUAGCUGCGGCAGAGACCACACCUUUGUCAUCAUGGCAGAAGAAGACACCAAAACUUGCAUCUUCAAUGUUGGUGGAUGUUUGUACUCCAUUCCGAUAAGCCGACUCUCCUGUUUUCAAGAGUCAUUGUUACUGAAAGAAUCUGUCUUCAAUCAUCACGCAAGAUUAUUCCUAGACAGGGAUGGCUUCACCUUCAGACACCUACAUUAUUAUAUACACACUGGUAAACUUGCGUCCUCUUGCAUAUCUGAGAUCAAUAUUUUAUAUGAGCUGUCAUCAACCCUACGUCUUACAUCAUUGCAACAGGCGUUGGAAAACCGUCAGUCAGGCAAGCAUUUCCUACGUGCACGCCCAGUUGACCUACAGGUCACAGAAAGAGCUGCUAUGUAUUACUGGAAAACAAGACUUUGUAAUCCUAAACAACCUGAAUCUGUGGCCAGCCCGGUUUUCACAGUGCAUGAUGCCAUACCUCUGGGACUGGUGGGGAAGCCUCUGGUGGACAAUGAUGAGGAGGUGAUGUACUGCUUCAUUCCACUGGAGCAGCUUCGAUUACAUCCCAACUUGGUGACACAGGACAACCUGUUGUGGCUGUGUGAUGAUAUAGCUAUCAUUGAAUGUGGGAGCCGUCUCUUCAGGUUCAUAGCUAAUUUCCUGCAUACGGGAAAGAUCUUACUGCCAGAGCAUUUCGGUGAUUACGAGCUGCUGAGCAGCGAGGCAAAAAUGGUUGGCAUGACAGAGUUCGUGGAAGCACUGCAGGAACAAUGUGAGAUAAAUAGUGACUCUUCGUCCAUACUUCUGGAUUCACCCCAAAUAUCAGACUCGGAAUCUGUUGCUCAGCCUUUAUAUAUCAUGACCUUUGACCUGUUAGUGAAGUACCCUGAUUCUUCGCUGGGUCAGCUUCACAUAGACAGCAAUCUUGAGGGGAGCAGACUGUACGUAACAGGCUCUGGAGUUCUUUUCCAACACGUGCAGGAUUGGCUGGGAACAUGCUGUCUGCCUCUGACAGAGGAGGCCUCUCAGCUGUCUGGCUUAUGCGAGUACCUGGAAGGGCAGGAUGGGGCCUACCAGGCUUUCAAGGAGGCCUUGUUCCAGUUUCUGCACAAGAGGAAAACCUCAAAAAGUGUAUUUACUGCAAAGCCAUGGUCUGCUUCAGUGGCGGCAUGCACGGUUUAUAAAAUUGUAAAAGUUUACGUUGGAACACACUGGUACGCCACUUAUUUGCAGACUCUCUUGAAGUAUCCAGAGCUGCUGUCUAACUCUAGUAAGGUCAACUGGAUCUGCUUUGGUCAGAGUCUGCAUGUAAAAGGUGACGGGCAAAUAUUCCGUCACAUCUUAAACUUCCUCAGAUCUGGUCGUCUGUUACUUCCAGCUGACUUCAGAGAGUGGCCUUUGCUCUGCCAGGAGGUUGAAGCCUUCCAGAUCCCAGCCCUCACUGGAGCUUUGGAGGACUGCUCAGACUACAGGGCCUGGUGUAGAGGGAAGGUCCACAGCAGUGAUGGGUCUUCUUCCUCGUCUUUGGCUGAAUCCCUGUCUCUGGACGAAGACUGCUUUCUGGGGAUAUCUUCUGAUGAGGAGAGCAUGGACUUCAGUGAACAAGACGCACAGCUGCAAGAGAGCCCAGACUACUCAUGCUUGCUGAUGGGAGACUCGUCAAGUAGACCCAGCUCAGAGGAGCCUAUUGUUGUUUCCUCACCAAUUAAUCACAGUCCCCCUAAAAGCAAGAACCUGGGGCAAGCCCAAGGUGUCUUACCAGGCCUUUCAGAAACUUCCAGAGAAAAUCAAACCACUAACGGUGGGCCUUCUACAGCCAGCAGUAGUGCCAGCCAUGCAGCUAACGCCGCCAGUGCCACUGGCGAUCUCUCGAGCUCCAUCAGGAGCCUGCUCCAGAAGAUCCGCGGCACCUGCCUGGAGAGCCUGCUCCAGAGACUCAGCAGCAACAUCUCGGCGUCCACACAGCAGCAGCAGCAGCAUGUUGCCUCGGCGCACAGGACGGAGCAGGAGUCCAUCCCCAAGGAGCGGCUGGUGCAGAUACUGGAGGAGACCUUCAGAAGUCGGCCCAACCUGAAGAUCAAGAGGCUGCCGGGGCCUACGAGCCCCAUCGGCUCAGGCCACACUGCUAGGUCAUCCGAUUCAUCACUAGAAGACAGCGUAUCAGCAGCAGGAGGAGAGAGGUGGAGCUGGACGAGUCUUCCCGUGAGGGGCUGCGUGAUCCAGGUGACCCACCCCCCGGUCCUGGGGAGAGGGGAGCCAGGUGGCUUCUUCACCCACAGCGUCAUCUACGCGGGCACCCCUCCAGACAGCACUGCCCAUCCGCAUGUGACUGCGACUGCAAUGGGAGAUCCCCAGGAUGUGGCCUUUGCCCACUUCAAUCUGUCUUACGAGGAGAUGGUGUACGGACGAGAGGGCCAUGCUUUCCUGACGGGUAUCAUCCUGGACUCAAAGAAGCUUGACACAGCAAAUUGCACUCAAAAUUUAGCCAAUCUGAUCUAUCUCCUCUGGACAGAUCAGAUAAAAGACUCUUUGCAAGAGCUACUGGGCCUCAUCGAAGUCAAGCUGCAUAGGACCAGAGAGAAGUUACAGCAGUGGUUGAACUUCACCCUGCCGCUGGCAAGACGUUACACAGAGUGCCUGAUGCAGCUGGAGAGACACUGCUGCCAGAUAGAAACCCUGUUUCCUUAAGACACAGCAACAAGCCCAGGCCGUCUACAGAAGAUAGGCUGAGUCUCUCAUGAGGGAUGAGAGGAAGAUGCAUUAAGCCCCUCACGACAACUACUGGCUGCACUGAACAUGAGGCUGGCAGUGGAUCAGGAAAGCUUUUCAACAGCGGCAAACACGACGGCCUCGUCACGGCAACAGCAACGCCGACACAUAAGAACCCAGGGGCACUGACCACAGGUCAGUUGCGUGUGAAAGAAACAACAGACAUGCAUGGGAUGAUGACCAAGACACUGAAAACAGUCUGAUGUGUCAUGUUGCCUACAGAGUAGAGAGGCAUAUUGCUUUCAUAGAACUGUUAAAGAGUAGACUAGACUCUUAACCCAAACUCAGAGAGAACCUUUUCAUAAUAAAGGGUGUAUUUCUGCUUUGUCA